AUGCAAUAUUUAAAAAUUAUAAUUAGUUGAAAAUAUAACCAGCAGCCAUCAUGCAGUCUGUCCUCAGCCGCUCCUUGAAUAUAGCACGCAGAUCCGUGCCGAUGCGACAGAUCGCCUCCAUUGCCGCACUCCCCGACACCCAUCAGAUGCUGCAGAAGACCUGCCGCGACUUUGCCAACGCCGAACUGAGUCCAAAUGCAGCGAAAUUCGAUCGAGAGCAUCUGUACCCGGCGCAGCAGAUCAAGCAGAUGGGGGAGCUGGGCGUCAUGUCGGUUGCCAUACCCGAGGAACUAGGUGGCACUGGAUUGGAUUAUCUGGCGUAUGCGAUAGCCAUGGAGGAGAUCUCUCGCGGCUGUGCCUCUGCUGGAGUCAUCAUGUCGGUCAACAAUUCCCUGUAUCUCGGUCCACUACUGGGCUUUGGCAAUGCCGCCCAGAAGGAAGCCUUCAUCACGCCAUACACGACGGGAGAGCGAGUUGGAUGUUUUGCUCUGUCGGAGCCGGGCAAUGGCUCGGAUGCCGGUGCUGCCUCCACCGUAGCCACCGAGAAGGGGGAUCACUAUGUCCUCAAUGGAACCAAGGCAUGGAUAACGAAUGGCUUUGAGGCGGGAGCAGCAGUGGUAUUUGCCACGACGAACAAGCAGCUGAAACACAAAGGUAUCUCUGCCUUCAUUGUCCCUAAAGGCUUGAAAGGUUUCUCGCUGGGCAAGAAGGAGGACAAACUGGGCAUCAGAGGAUCCUCCACGUGCCAGCUGAUAUUCGAAGACUGCGAAAUCCCCAAGGACAGCAUGCUGGGUGAGCCGGGAUUCGGUUUCAAAAUUGCGAUGCAAACAUUGGAUGCCGGACGCAUUGGGAUUGCCGGCCAGGCAUUGGGUAUUGGUCAGGCCGCUUUGGAGCUGGCUGUGGACUAUGCUCAGAAGCGUCAGGCCUUUGGAAAACCCAUCUCCAAACUGCAGUCCAUUCAACAAAAGAUUGCCGACAUGUCGCUGGCAAUGGAAUCGGCGCGACUCUUGACCUGGCGUGCCGCCUGGCUGAAAGACAACAAGCAGGCGUAUACAAAAGAGGCGGCAAUGGCCAAAUUGGCAGCUUCUGAGGCGGCUACCUUGUGCUCCCACCAAUGCAUUCAGAUUCUGGGCGGAAUGGGAUAUGUCGCAGAUAUGCCAGCGGAACGCCAUUAUCGCGAUGCUCGCAUCACGGAGAUCUACGAGGGCACCUCUGAGAUUCAGCGUUUGGUUAUUGCAGGCUCCAUUCUCAAGGAGUACGCUAGUUAAGUGAAAAGAUCCGAUCGUUUUUUAAUCAAGUAAAACGUUUUUAAAUGUGGAAUAUUUUGUAUACAAAAAAUUGUGCUUCUUA